UUCUCCUCCCCCCGCCCGUCUCCCGCAGGCUAUGGCCACACGGUGCCCUUGUCGGACGGGGGCAAGGCCUUCUGCAUCAUCUACUCCAUCAUCGGCAUCCCCUUCACCCUGCUCUUCCUGACGGCCGUGGUCCAGCGCGUCACCAUCCACGUGACCCGCCGGCCGGUGCUCUACGUGCACCUGCGCUGGGGCUUCUCCAAGCAGCUGGUGGCCCUGGUCCACGCCGUGCUGCUGGGCGCGGUCACCGUGUCCUGCUUCUUCUUCAUCCCGGCCGCCGUGUUCUCGGUGCUGGAGGACGACUGGAACUUCCUGGAGUCCUUUUACUUCUGCUUCAUCUCCCUGAGCACCAUCGGCCUGGGCGACUACGUCCCGGGGGAGGGCUACAACCAGAAGUUCCGGGAGCUCUACAAGCUGGCCAUCACCUGUUACCUGCUGCUCGGCCUGGUGGCCAUGCUGGUGGUGCUGGAAACCUUCUGCGAGCUGCACGAGCUGAAGAAGUUCCGCAAGAUGUUCUACGUGAAGAAGGACAAGGACGAGGACCAGGUGCACAUCAUGGAGCACGACCAGCUGUCCUUCUCCUCCAUCACGGACCAGGCGGCCGGCGGGAAGGAGGACCAGAAGUCCCCGGACGUCAGCCCGCGGAGACUGUCGGACAUCAGCCCGCAGCUCCGGCAGCUCAAGUACUUGGUGGUGGACGAGGCCAUCAAGGAGGACCUCAAGUGGUCGCGCUCGGUGGAGGACCUCAGCGGCGGGCCCGCGGGGCUCACGUCCAUCGAGGAGCGCAUCCUGCGCAUCACCGGCUACUACGGCUACCAGCCCUGGGCGGCGAGCUGCAAAA